CGGAAGAAGGUGAAAUGCUUUCGGUAGGCACUCCACGGCUGUGAAGAUGGCGGCGGCUGCGUGGCUUCAGGUGCUGCCUGUCAUUCUUCUUCUCCUGGGGGCUCAGACGUCCCCAUUGUCGCUUUUCAGUGUAGGACCGGCACCCGUCGCUGCUGCCGACCGAUCCAAGUGGCACAUUCCGAUACCGUCGGGGAAAAAUUAUUUUAGUUUUGGAAAGAUCCUCUUCAAAAAUACCACUAUCUUCCUGAAAUUUGAUGGAGAACCUUGUGAUGUAUCUUUGAAUAUAACCUGGUAUCUGAAAAGUGCUGACUGUUACAAUGAAAUCUACAACUUCAAGGCAGAAGAAGUGGAGACAUACUUGGAAAACCUUAAGGAAAAAAAAGGCUUGUCUGGGAAAUAUCAAACAUCAUCAAAAUUGUUCCAAAACUGCAGUGAACUCUUUAAAACACAGAGUUUUUCUGGGGAUUUCGUGCAUCGAUUGCCUCUUUUAGGAGAAAAACAGGAGGCCAAGGAGAAUGGAACAAAUCUUACCUUUACUGGAGACAAAACUGUAAUGCAUGAGCCCUUGAAAACUUGGCAAGAUGCACCAUACAUUUUUAUUGUACAUGUUGGCAUUUCACCCUCCAAAGAAUCAUCAAAAGAAAAUUCACUAAGUAAUCUUUUUACCAUGACUGUUGAAGUGAAAGGUCCCUAUGAAUACCUCACGCUUGAAGAAUACCCAUUGAUGAUUUUUUUCAUGGUGAUGUGUAUUGUAUAUGUCCUAUUUGGUGUUCUGUGGCUGGCAUGGUCUGCUUGCUAUUGGAGAGAUCUUCUGAGAAUUCAGUUUUGGAUUGGUGCUGUCAUCUUCCUGGGCAUGCUUGAGAAAGCUGUCUUCUAUGCAGAAUUUCAGAAUAUCCGAUACAAAGGAGAAUCUGUCCAAGGUGCCCUGAUCCUUGCAGAGCUGCUUUCAGCAGUUAAACGCUCACUGGCUCGAACCCUGGUCAUCAUAGUUAGUCUGGGAUAUGGCAUAGUCAAGCCUCGCCUUGGAGUCACUCUUCACAAGGUUGUGGUAGCAGGAGCUCUUUAUCUUUUGUUCUCUGGCAUGGAAGGGGUCCUCAGAGUUACUGGGUUCAAAUGCAAAACCACUCCAGAUGAUUAUAUAAAUGCAGAAUCUUGUGCUGGUUUCAUCUCUGUUCCUCUCUGGACAUCUCUUUUUUCACCACCUCUUUUUCUUUGUCUGCAGGCCCAGACUGAUCUUGCUUCCUUGGCCUUUAUCCCCUUGGCUUUCCUAGACACUGCCCUGUGCUGGUGGAUAUUUAUUAGCCUGACUCAAACAAUGAAGCUAUUAAAACUUCGGAGGAACAUUGUAAAACUCUCUUUGUACCGACAUUUCACCAACACACUUAUCUUGGCAGUGGCAGCAUCUAUUGUGUUUAUCAUCUGGACAACCAUGAAGUUCAGGAUAGUGACUUGUCAGUCGGAUUGGCGGGAGCUCUGGGUGGAUGAUGCCAUCUGGCGGUUGCUGUUCUCCAUGAUCCUCUUUGUCAUCAUGGUUCUCUGGCGACCAUCUGCAAACAACCAGAGGUUUGCCUUUUCACCAUUGUCUGAGGAAGAGGAGGAGGAUGAACAAAAGGAACCUAUGCUGAAAGAAAGCUUUGAAGGAAUGAAAAUGAGAAGUACCAAACAAGAACCAAAUGGAAAUAGUAAAUUAAACAAAGCACAGGAAGAUGAUUUAAAGUGGGUAGAAGAGAAUGUUCCUUCAUCUGUGACAGAUGUAGCACUUCCAGCCCUUCUGGAUUCAGAUGAGGAACGAAUGAUCACGCACUUUGAAAGGUCCAAAAUGGAGUAAAGAAUGGGAAGAUUUGCAGCUGAAGAUGGCUAGUAUCUGGGAAGAGAUCAGCUUCUGUGUUAGUCUUUACACUGCUCCAUGGGAUUAAAGGAGGCAAUGACAUCCUGAUCUGUUCCUUGAUCUUUGUGCAUUGGAGCUGGCGAGAGGUGUUGGAACAAGGAGAACAUUCUAUUGAAAACAAGGUCAUAGGAUGAGAAAAAUCUACAAGUUUUUUAUUUGCAGCAUUGAUGCCCCUUUCCCUCCCACACCCUGACAUGGAUGUUUAUGCAACUUGUGUAUGUUGUUCCUAAACCUUCUAUAAUGUUUAAAUUGUUUAAUCUGUCAAACUAAAAAAUUUAACAUCUUCUGAAGAACUGUGACAUCAACACCAUAAUAAGUAAUAUCCAGGAGCAACUGCCUGUAAUUUUAAUUUAUUUAGGGAGUUACAUAGGUGAUGGGGGAAAUUGUUAAUUAUUUUUGCAUUUCCUGGGAAGCCAAGGUUAAAUCUUGCAGAGGUAGUUUUGAGAAAAAGGAGUCCUUCUGCAUUAAGGAGCCAUGGUUCUAACAAUGAUUAAAAGAACAACCAAAAAAAAAAAAAAAGAAAGAAAGAAAGAGAGAGACUGUUACAGUGUGAUUUAGAUCAUUUGAAAAAGCAAAAUCAAGUGCAAUUUUGUUUACAAACGGUGUAUAUUAAAGAUUUUUCUAUUUCAGAUGUACUUUAGAGAGAAAUAUUAGCUUAACUCUUUUGACAUCUGCUAUUGUGACACAUCCCAUUGCUGGCAAUGUGGUGCACACUCCAGAACUUUUAACUACUGUUUUGUAAGCCUUCAAGGGCAGCAUUGCAGAGUCCUAGGCAAUGCUUUGCUUGUCUUCAUGCCUUUUACUGGGUGUUGCACUAGAUGCAGAAAGGCACUCCGUCGUAAGUGCAUGUGAGUGAGCACCCUGUUAAAGGGAUUAUAAUGCUUCAGAAGCAGGAGCUAAUACAAAGGAAACAGGUCCUUCUGGCUUAAACAGUUUUUUCUGCAUGAAAUAGUGUGGAGGCCCUGGACUGCUGCUCAUUCUUUAGGAUCGACUGUUCUUGUAUCUGGUGUUGGUUUAGGGAUGGUUUAUAAGAAACAUCACAAGGUGAUGGGAUUCAUUUGAAGCACUAUAUUUGUUUGAAUGAUUUUGUCCAAUUUUGCCUUCCCAAGAUUUUUUGUUCUACAUAGAAAGUUCAUGCCACUUUUUAAUAUUAAAAAAUUUUAACAAAAUUGA